AUGACUCUAUUACAAGAAAAGGCCGACGCGGUCAAAACAGCCGUAUUGAGUACAACCACAUGCUCACCGGCUACUGUGGUCACCCUCAAGGAGCUUCUCCUCCCCGACGCUGAAUCCGCCUCGACCACCGCGUCCAAGACGAAAGCUACCGCGCGCACCACAACAAAGACGGCCGGACGUGCCAGGACCGGCGCGGUAACAAUAGCGACAGAGCAAUUGAGCACCAAGGAAAAGACGGCAUUGGCGACGCACGUCAUCAAUGCCACCAUCAAAUCUCUCACCGAGGCCGCGAAGCCCCAACCGCUCCCCGCGCCAGCAAAGCUGACAGAGGCGGAUCUCCAACGCCCGUCCACCGGCAAACGCACACUCCGACGGUCACUGUCGGCGCCGCUGUCGCCAAUCCAGCCGCGAUCCCUCAAUCGAGUGGCCACGUCGCCCAAUAUCGCUGCGAAACCGUCGAAGCCGUCCUCCAGUCCGUCCACGGGAUGUCUAGCGACAGCAGAGUGCGCGCGCGUGGCGUUUGCGUGCCUCCGCAACGUUAAGGGCUCGCUGUCUCACGACCAAACGGAUCUUCAGAUUGAAAACGGCAUGUCUGCGCUCGUGGGCAAGUUGAUUGGUCUUGGUAUGCAUGAGCAAGCGCUCAAAGAACUGCGCGUGCUGCAUCGAAGACUAGAUGCGGUUGCUAAGCUCGAGCUCAGCAAGGCAAAGACGACCAAGACAGCGGCGGCAGAGCCCCCGACUGCCAUCUCUGGUCUCCUCAGCUUUCACGCACCGAUACCACCUCAAUUCCUGGUCGCCGUGACGACAUGCCAGGUUCAGGUGCUGAAGCUGAUUGCGUCCUCGAAGAAGCCAGAGCAUAUCGAAGCUGCGCUUCCGCAUCUCCGAGAUGCCCAGGCGUGCUCUCCGGUGAAGCUCCUCUCCGCUCUGGCCAAGACGGGGAGCAAAGAGGCUGGCAAGGCGGCCCGCCAGCUAGCAUCGCUGUCGCAGCUUGUCCUAUCUCUUGCGCCGAGCGUUUCCAGCCAGGAGGAUGCCGUCGCGGUGGAACCGCGCAUCAGCCCCUCACCACUCGCGGCGUUUGAACUGCAGACAUUAGCAUUCACUUGCCAGCUGCGGUGGUGGAGACUAGGAGGUCACUCCGGAAAGCUCGACGAGGAGCUGUUGUCGCCACUCUCACGCUGUCUCCGCGCAUUCGCUCGAAGAUUUACCUCGAACGAUGUCUUGCUAUACAAAACCAUGGCAGCUUCUGUUAAUGGGCUAUUGGAGCUGGCGAAAGCCUGUGGAUAUAUCCCAACUCUAUCAGCGACUGCGCCCAUCUCUUCCCUUUAUCAAAUUCUUGGAACUUCUGCGUACACAGCCAAGAAAUAUGACGAAGCUGCUCAAUGGUUUCAGAAGUUGCAGUCGACAGUUGAGUCACCGGAAGAGGCCAUGGUGCGUUAUGCUUCCAUCUGCGCAUGGCUUCUCGCAGCGGUGCUCAAAAGUGCGAAAGCUAUGGAGGACGUCGAGGAGCUUGCGAAAUCUGUACUGGAAAGCUUGGACGGAAGUCUCAGUGGUACUGUGUCAGAGCUUAAUGAGCUACUCGACAGCCUGUCGCUGGCCAGACGCGCAGUCGUUGGUCGUCUCAUGGAAACAAUAAAUUCGCCACAGCCUACAAGUCGCACUCCCGAUGCUAUUGACGAUAUACUCAAAGCAUUUGUUCUUCGCUACCCCCGUUUUGUCCGCCGCUGGCUAGGCAAUGCCCCAAACAAGGAUGCGCCUCCGAAACACAUUCUACAGUUCGACCAGCGCCGCCAAGUCGUCAUGAAGACCAUUAGCCAAACGCUUGACGGUACUCUCAUGGUUGUCAAAUGCGACAUCCAGAAUGCCACAGCUGAGUGGCAACAGCUUGACGAGGUACUGCAGCAUUGCUCUGCUCUCCUCGAAACACUUGCUGACCCCUCACAAUCACCUGCCAAGACUGAGCAACUAAACAGCUACUUGGUCAAGAUUUCGAGUCUAUAUUUUGCCAAGUUUUCACAGCUUCGAAAGCAUUCCCAAAGAAAGCGAGAGGAGAAUAAGCAAAUUUUGCAGACGCUCAGCCGCUCCAUCGAUACUGUAAAGGAUCUUUCUGCGGCAGAAAGAGAGCGGGCGCAGCUUUCGACAAAACUAGAGCUAUUUGCAGAUAUGUGCAAAGGAUCCGGACGAACUGACGAUGCAGUGCAGACGUUGAGAUCGAUAUGCACUAGUAUGGCCGAAGAUGGUAUUCUAAAGGACGUUUCUGCUGCGCUGGCUACCCAAGCCCCUACCAUAGCAUGGAACAUGAACGGCAAGUCGAGCAUGCUGUCCAGAACUCUUCGAUCAAUUGCCAAACUCGACAAGUCUUGGACGGACUGGACCAUUUUUCUGCCCGAAACUGAGCGUGCCGCUGUUUUGGAGCACUUGAUGCACCUCAGCACCACCUCCCGCAGCGCUCUGCAAUUUCAUGACCCGAAUUUGAAUGCGCUGCUCCGCAUUUACACCCCCGACAAAUAUCCGAUUCGACGACUGCGCGUACUGCUUCACGUUUUGUAUCAGAAUCUGGGCAACGAGGAUGAAGUAGCAGUCCUUCACCCGCACCUGCAAGUCUGCCUCCGUCAAGCUCAGGCUCAAGACAGGGCCGAAGACGAGGGCUUGACGGGCUUCAUGCCGCAUCUUUUGAAUUGGCAUCAUAGCGUACAAGCAGUCUUGGAUGCAGAGGAACUCUCCAAGUCGACCAUUCCAGAGGCCAUCGACAGUUGGACCGAUAUGGUUGGAUCCUGCCAGAUCGACAGCAGCAUCUACAAGGUUAUUGACGAUCCUGAAGCGCUUCAAGACUAUCUUCAGGCUCUUGGCCACCUUGCUGGGUUGAGGGGCGAACAUCUUUUGCAGCUGAAAACUUCGCAGCUUUUAGUGUCCCUGUCCAAGCUCUUUGCCGGUCACGGACAGGCGACAAACAGCGCGCUUAUUGUCCGCCAGAGCCAGCUGGCUUCUCAAUUUAUUAGCACUGGCCUCUACACCAAGGCGCUAGAUGCUCUGGACGAGGCCAAAGGCCUGCUUCAGCAACAAGACGAAGUGGCGCCGAGCGUCUCUGUGGCUUACAACAUGGCGCAAGCCGAAUAUUUCACCGGUAUUGGAAAUAUGGACGACGCUAACCUUUCCAUCUCCGAACUCAAUGCUGUCUGCCGCCGCUCGCAGUCAUCUUGGGCCAUAAAUAAGGCUCAAGCCACAACAACGAUCUGCUCAGUCUCGCUUUUGCAGUCGUCCCUCGCUCUGCAAUCUGGAAACGUGGAAGAAGCCCUGAAUCACAUCAAGCAAAGCGUACGCAUACUCUCACAUGACUGGACAAAGCUUGAAUCCGCUGUUGUUGGUAAUAACUCUGUACUGUCCGAUACAAGCUUGGACUCUGUUGCCGUCAAGGACGUCAGAGCUAGCCUUGUUGGACCACGAGUUUGGGCUUUGGCUUCACCUCUUAUCCGCAGCCUUCUGCAAAUUUCUUCCGUUUACGCCCACAUUGGCAUGUUUCAAGAAACCAUCUAUUAUGCCGACACUGCUUCCAAGAUUGCCGCCAACUCGCAAUCAACUCUUUACAAUGCAGAGGUGGCUGCAUGGACCGGCUCCAUUUAUCUUCGAGCAGGAGACCAAGAAAAGGCUGCCGCUCGAUUCGGUACGCUAGCUGAUAUGAUGCCCGAAGUCAUGUCGGCGUCCAAGAUUCGCUUUGCGCAGGCUCUUGGAGAAUACUACUCACAUAUCGGUGAGAAUGACAAAGCUGUCGAAUACCUGAAAAUGGCCGAGAUGGGUACUCGCGGCCUCAACGACAAUACAAAUUCAGAGAAGGAAGAAGAGGCUACUGCGCGUGAAUUAGCCACACCAGCACCUUCUAGAACCAAGUCUACAAGAACGACAAAGACAAAGACACCUGCCAAGCCACGAGCUACUAAGCGCGCUGCGGCAACAUCGAGAGCAGUCACGCCGGUGGCCAAAGCUGCUCAACAGCCGACCGAUACUUUCCAAGGCUCGCUACUUGCAUCUAUCCUUCUUUCGCGCGCCACAGGCCUCAUUCGUCAGCAAGAGUGGACUGCCGCUCUUGCUCUGCUCAAGCAGAGCAAGGAACUCCCAAAGCAAGAAAUUACAGCCUAUCAAGAACAGGUGGCAACAGCGACGUCGCUGAUCGGGCACAGUAUGGAGCAGAUAAUUUCAGAUCCUGUCUUUUCCGUGAUUCAAGACUCGACCAUUUCCUUCCCUGCUAUCGCUGGACUGGUUGAAAAGGUCAUUGCGGAUGGCUGCUCACCGUUCAAAUCGCCCGGUAAGCGUGGGCGACCAGUGGCAGCCAGUCGCGGCAGGACGAUGAAAAGUGAAGAUACUCCAGCUUUCGCAGAGGCACUGAAGGAGGCGCAGGAACUACUUGCCGAGGCACACAUAUCCGCCAUGACAAAGUCGGACAGCAGCAUGGUUCGACGCAUCUCCGCCAUGCUUCAGAAUACGAUUAUUCUCCUGUCGGCUACAUCUGGCGCAAAGCAUAAAUCUAUUGCCCAUUCCGGACUGGCAACUGUUGCUGUCGACUUGGCGCACAAUGUGACCUGGCGCAGAGAGCAAAAGACUCUCGCUGCACCCACAGCAAUCGCUGAAGAGCCUUGUAGAAAGAGUGUUGGUUCUCGCAGGGCUAGCUUAGCCCCGAGCGCCGACAUGGCUAAUUUUCAAAAGAGCUACAUCGAGAUGGUUCCCAAAAAUUGGAGUGUGAUAUCGGUGUCUCUCAGCGACAACCACCACGACCUGUGCUUGACAAAGUUCCAGGCUGGUCACAGCCCGUUUAUUCUUCGACUACCUUUGGAGCGUGCCAACUCUCGCGAUGCCGACUGUGAAGUAUACAACUUUGAGCAUGGCAAGGAGGAGCUUUUGGAUAUCAUCGAGCUAGCCAACGAGACGAGCCACUCUGCCCGUGACUUUAGCCUCAAGGGCGAGCGGAAUGCGUGGUGGGCUGAGCGCGAGACUCUUGAUACGCGCCUGAAGGAGUGUCUGACGCAAAUUGAAACCACCUGGUUAGGUGGUUUCAAGGGAAUCUUUUCCCAGCAUCGACGCCGCUCAGACCUCCUGGCUCGUUUCCAGAAGAAUGUGCAAAAGAUGCUCGACGCUCAUCUGCCCUCUCGCAGCCAGCGACGGGGAAAGAAGACGGGCAAGGCAGGCGUUACUCUCGAUCCCAGGAUUCUCGACUUAUUCAUCGGACUGGGCGACCCUACCAACGAUCCCGGCUGCGAUUUUGACGAGGCUCUAAAUGAUUUGCUUUACUUUAUUGUGGAUAUUCUUCAGUUUCACGGAGAGCGAAAUGCGUAUGAUGAAAUCGACUUUGACGCCAUGGUCGUCGAAGUGUAUGACGCGCUCAAGGGGUACUAUGGUGCCCUGGAAGGUGCAGGAGCCCGUGAAGACGGCGCGCACACGAUUCUGGUUCUAGACAAGGCCCUGCAUGUGUUUCCCUGGGAGUCUUUGCCCUGCAUGGAAGGCCUUGCCGUGUCUCGUGUGCCGUCCCUUGCCUGUCUGCGACAGUUGAUCACAGAGUCCAACAUGCCACCGAAGGACAAGGCGGCUUCUUGGGACUCCCUACCCGGCCAUUACGUCUCUUCUACCGCCGGCACCUAUAUGCUGAACCCGUCGUCCGACCUAAAGAGCACGCAAAGCUUUUUCCAAAAGCCUUUUACCGCCACCCUGGAUGGCUGGACGAGCAUUGUCAACCGGGCCCCUCACGAGGACGAGUUUGAAAGGGCGCUCAGCACGUCGGACGUGUUUCUGUACUUUGGCCACGGGAGCGGCGCGCAGUACAUUCGCGGCAAGACGAUUCGCAAGCUGGAGAAGUGCAAGCCCGCGUCAUUUCUCAUGGGCUGCAGCUCUGCGGCACUCACCGAGGCGGGCGAGUUUGAGUGCUACGGUCCCGUGUGGAACUACUUGAUGGCUGGUUGCCCAGCGGUUGUCGGUACCCUGUGGGACGUGACGGACCGCGACAUUGAUCGCUUCGCGGGGCGCGCAUUUGAGGAAUGGGGACUGUUUAACAAAGGCACGUUUCAGGAACAACAAUGCCAGAGUGUUGAUGUGGAGGGGACGACGAGGUCGCUGGUGGAGGCAGUGGCGCAGGCGAGAGACGCAUGUCGAUUCCGAUACCUAAAUGCGGCGGCCGUUGUGGUGUAUGGCAUUCCGGUGUAUGUGCGAUGA